AUGUCAGGAUAUCCCGUGCCCAACCGGUAUUGCACAGCAUUCCAAGCCGGAGCUUGUAAAAAAUACUCGCGGUCAACCAAGACGAGUUCAAGCAGCACCAUGAAGGUGCGCUCUGCUGUCUUUGUGUUGGCCAUUGCGUUGUGCUGCGCUUGCGGGUGCGUGGCAGCCGCGUCGGGGCGCGGUCUCUCCAGCACCGAACUGCUUUCUCAAAUUACUCUGGACGGGCAGCCGGUUCUUUCUGGAGCGGUGCCGUCGCUGGGUGAGGGCGGGCUUAGGGUAAGCGGCGUGGUUGCGGACAUGGUGAAGCAAGGAGGGGCUAUGCCAAUAGGCAAAGAAAUGUUGGCCAAUAUUGGUGCUGGCAAAAGCGAGGCGCCACAUGCCGGUGGAGAAGCGCACCAAGAGCCACUGGCAAAAGGGGGGGUCGACUUCGUUACGGAGUCCGCCCGGGCCCUGGACAAAUUGUCGCUCGACCCUAUGCUCAAAGAAAGGCUUCCAACAGCUGAAGACAAGUUGAGGGCAGAAAAGAGGGCCCGGGAGGCGGCGGAGGCGAAUAAUAAGACUGAAGGCGAAGAAAGCCAGGCGAAAAGGGGCACUGCCAGUGAGGAGGUGGCGCAGACAGCGGCCGAAACCCCGGCGGAAGCCGCAGGGGAUACGGACAAAUUGUCGCUCGACCCUAUGCUCGAAGAAAGGCAGCCAACAGCUGAAGACAAGGCGAGGGCGGAAAAGACGUUUGCGGAGGUAGGGCCCGGUCAAACAGCGGACGGUAGUGCUGGCGUCGCGCGGUCGCUUUCGAUGCUGUUUCUUCUUGUGGCAGUGGCGUGUGCCGUCGCUUGGUGA